AUGCAGUGCAAUGCCGCGAGCACGAGUCAGGCAGCGUCCUUAUUUCCUGCUGGCAGCGGACGACGGCUGGCUGCGUCCAGAGGCGUCAAGGUCAAGGGGUCGCCCGGCCGACUGCAGGCAGAGAGAUGUGUUGAUGCAGUGAAGUGUUAUAAGAGCGGUCGUGAUGGUCGUGGUCGUGUCUUCGUGUGGGCGGUUUUUUUGUUUAGUGGGGAGGAAGAAGCCGAAGUCGGUGGCGAGAGACUAGAGGCCAGCAGCAACAAUAACAACAGCAACAGUGAGAGUAACAAGAGUAGAGACGGCGCUGUCUGUCUGUCUCCGCCGUCCAGCAGUGAAGAGAAGAAGCAGAGCAGGAAGAAGAGAAAUAGCCAGAGACGCCGCGAAAGACGAAAAGCGACGCAGAGACGAGGAUGCUUAAUAAAAGAGGCCGGCAGAGAAGAAGACGAAGACGAAGAUCAGCCAGCCAGGCAGGAUGAUAGAAGCCACGAAGAAGAAGAAUCGAAGACGGAGAAGAAGAAGAAGACGAAGAAGAAGAAGAAGAAGACGACGAAGAAGAGAUCAAGUUUGGGCCUUGGUUAUCAGUGCUUUUUCUUCGUCUUUUUCUUUGCUUCUUCGGGCGUUGCUUUUUCCUCGUCGUCUUCGAGAGAGAAGAAGCAAAAGAGAAGCCAGAGAAGAAGAAGAAUUAAGCCCAGGCUAAGACCUUCGAGAAGACGAGAGAAGGCGAUGAAACGCGGUGGAUUGAGGGAUCCUUGCUGUCACUAA